AUGACCAAGCGGACGCGCGUCGCGGCGCCGGACCUCGCGCCCGAGCUUCUCGAAGCGAUCGUCGCGUUCGUACCGCGGCAGCAUGACGUGCAUGUGCUACUUGCGUCGCUGCCCGCAGCGCAGCUAUCGACGCCGCUGCUGGGCUUGCGUAUGCUCUUUGUAGCAUUGUACCGUGGCCGCCUCGGCGUCGACAGCGUCACGCUCUGGCCACGACUCUGCCUUCCGCACGCACUGCCCGACGAAUCGGCCUUGCUCGCGCACCUUAGCGCCGCCUUGUCGCUCUACCACAGCACCGUCGCGCUUUCGUGGAGCAGCGCCCGAGUCGUUGUGCCCGCCUCGACCUCGGUCGCGCUGACGCUACCAAGCCCGGUGCCAUUUGCAUCGUGGCCGAGCGAGCGAUUGACAGCGCUCUCCGUCACACUCAAUCCGCGCGCGGCGUGGACCCGCGGCGCGCUCUUCGAACUGUGCACCGGCCUGCGACACCUGCCGAUGCUGUCCCGCCUGUGUGUGCACUGGGCGCACGCCGCCGAGGACUUUAGCUGCCUACUGCAAGCCAUUACGCACUCGCACGUCGUCGAUCUCGAGCUCCAGUUUGCGCGCGACGACCGCAUGAGCUGGAACGCCGACGCGGUGACAACGAUCGCGUCCUGGCUGCAAGCCCGGCCCGUCACUGCGCUCACGCUCGGCUACCUCAAAGUCGACGAGCCAUCGGUCGCCGCCUUUUGCGCGGCCCUCCACGCGUGUCGCACGCUGCAGUCGCUGUCACUGGACCAAGGCGCGCUGGCCCACGCCUACUUUGUGGAUGCUCACGUGCCGCCGACGCUGACGUCCCUUGUCGUGCACGGCUGUCGCUACGCCGGCAUGCGCAGCAUCAUGGCGUGUCUUCAGCACGCGCAGCUCGAGGUCCUCUGCCUCUCGUUCCGAAUGCACGAGCGGCGCAAAGACGACGAGCUGCUCCGCUUCGUCACGGAGACCCUCCCGACGCUGACCCGGCUGCAGUCAUUGGACUUGCCGCACUACAGCUUUUGCCCGGCCUCGGUCGCCGCGUAUGCGUCGCUCGCGCCGCAGCUGCGGGAUCUCAAUUUUGAGACGGGCCAGAUCAAGACCCAAGUCGGUGCCGACGCAUUGCGUGCGGCCUUGCCUCGCUGCGCGACCACGCUGCGUCGCUUCAAGAUGAGCAAUCUCCUCUACGGCACCCUUGCGAUGACCCGCGCGCUCGGACACUGUACCGCGCUUACUCACGUGAUGCUCCGUGGCAGCCGCCUCGGUGUCGACGGGGCAGUGACCAUCGCAGCGGCCAUGGCGUCGCUGCCGUUGCUGGAAGAGCUCAAUUUGAGCUCCAAUGCCAUUGGCUCCGAAGGCGCGAUCGCGAUUGCAGACGCGGCAAUUACGCAUUGCCAUCGCUUACUCGACCUCAACCUCAAGACAAAUGACAUCACGUACGACGGUGCGGCCGCGCUGAGCCGCCUCUUGCCGCAGCUCGUGUCGCUCGAGAUCGGUUUGAAUCAGAUCGGACAAGAGGGCGCGAGAGCGUUGGCCCUGGCCAUCCCAAGCAGCGUCGCCUUGCGCUGGCUGGGCCUUGCCUACAACGUGAUUGGCGUCGACGGGUUGUUGGCGAUCAUCGAAGCGGUGGCCAUGGCUGCUUGUCCGUGGCAGCGCAUCGGCGCCAGCGCCACCGGCAUGGACGACGCUGAGCUCGCUGCUUGCCGCGAGGCCAUUAGUCGCCUGCCGUACCCGCAUGCGCUCGUGCUGUAA